GAGAAUGAGAACUGUCAGAAAUGCGUGAGAUUGCUGUUGUAAUGUUGUUGGCUUUUUAAGUUAUUUAAAAUAAAACCGUGGUAUUUAUUUACACAGCGACGCCAUGACUAUACCAAGACCGUGCGGCUGCAAAGGCUGUAGAACUUGUCUUAUUUGUGAAACGCAAUUUGGUGCCGAAAAGUUAAAGUUACAGUUAACACUCGACCAAACAAAAGGUUAUGUUUACUGCCCGCUCUGCAACAAAGCAUGGGAAGGCUGGGACGUGGACUUGUACAAACAACAUCCGCACCACACCGGCAAGUCCAUAGACUACCCAGGUGUAUUCAUUUUACUUAAUUUUCUGAGCGAAAACGAGGAAUCAGAAUUGAUGAAAAAUUUGGAUGAAAUCCCGUGGGAUAUAUCACAAAGCGGAAGAAGAAAACAGAACUUUGGCCCGAAAACUAAUUUCAAGAAGCGGAAGAUAGUACCUGGCAAGUUUGAUGGGUUUCCCGCGUGCACUAAAUUCAUUCAGGACAGGUUUGAGGGUAUUGACAUCCUGAAAGGUUAUGAAACAAUUGAGCAGUGCUCCCUCGAGUAUGAUCCUAGUAAAGGAGCCUCCAUAGAUCCUCACAUUGAUGACUGCUGGAUCUGGGGCGAGCGCAUUGUCACUGUCAACUGCCUGUCAGACUCUGUACUCACUAUGACCACAUAUUCGGGGGAUAUAUCCAAGUACAAUCUUCAAGAUGCCGCCGAGUACUGCCCUGUAGUGUUGACUGAUGGCAGUAUUAAUACUGAGUACAAAAGUAUGGACAAGAGUGCAUUGCAGAUAUGUGAACCGGUGUCUAAGCCUGAUGUCAUUGUUAGAAUACCAAUGCCAAGGCAAUCACUUCUCGUCAUUUACGGUGAGCCAAGAUACCACUGGGAGCAUUGUGUCCUGAGAGAAGACAUCACAUCAAGGAGAGUCUGCAUUGCCUAUCGAGAAUUCACUCCUCCAUACAUGACCAAUGGACGCCAUGAAGAAAUAGGCCGCACUGUACGAGACUUGGGCAAAAACUUUUGGGACCACACAACUAAGUACAAUCAGGCAUAAGUGAAAGAAUAAAGUAUGUACAUUUGUA